GACCUGCUCGCCUGCCCCGGCAGACAGAAACUGUUACAUGCGGGUUUGUUUUGUAACUGUUUUUUUUUUUUCUCGACUCGUCCAAUCAGAACAGCUACUCUGCGUCACGUGACCCAGUUGUUUUACAUAACUUUUUUUUUUUUCUCUCUCUCUCUCUCUCUCUCCGCUGAGAAUCUUAUGCGUUUCCCGGACUUGACCGCCAACAUUUCAGAGCAGUCUGCACUUCAGUGGAUCCGGCGGCUGAAUGGCAGCCUCGGCACCGAGCACUCAGGCUCCGCUCAGUAGAUGAAGGAGAGGGAGACUUCCAGGAGACGCGCUCCGCAUGGGGACUGAGUGCGAGAGCAUGCUGCAUCUGGCAGCGGAAGCUUUCCGGGCGAACAACUUCGAGCUGGCGGCGGAUAUUUACGAGUGCCAGCUGGCGUGUGCCCUGGACCCUGGGAGCCGGCUGGAGCUGAUGGUGAAGCGGGCUGACGCGCUCGCCUUCGGGGGCAAAGUGGCGGAAGCCUUCGAGGUGUACCGACAAGCCUCUGAGAUAGACAAACUCAAACCCGCUCACCUGUCCAACCUCGUCGGGUACCUGUCGGACAGUAUCCGGAGACAGGACCGGGGUGGGAGUCUCGGCAGCCGCUGGAGGACGGGCUCCGGGUCAGGUAGCGGGUUUGAGGACUUCUCCUGCGGGAUAUGUCUGAGCUUUCUGUUCGAGCCGGUGACUCUGCCGUGCGGACACUGCUUCUGUAAGAAGUGUCUGGAGAGGGAGAGGAAGGAGAAGGAGCGGCCGGUGGUGUGUAAGGAGUGCAGGGACAGCUCCAGGCUGGCCGACCUCCAGACUUACAGGGUGAACGUGGUGCUCAGCAGCCUGCUGGCCAAGUGGUUCCCCAGCUUCCAGCAGGCCGGCCGGCUGAGGCGGGAGGGAAACGGGCUGUACGCCGAGAGGAAGAUGGAAGCAGCGCUGGAGAAGUACAACCAAGCCAUACUGACAGCACCCACAGACCACAUCCUGUUCAGUAACCGCUCUCAGAUCCACUCCAGUCUGAAGCACCAUGACUGGUCUCUGAGGGACGCAGAGACGGCCUGCAGACUGAUGCCCUUCUGGUCCAAGGGUCAUGUUCGUAAGGCCCAGGCCUUGGUGUCAUUGGGCAGGACUGAUGAUGCUCUGAAGGAGUACCUGAUCUGUCUGUCCUUAGAGCCGGACUGUAGACUGGCUAAGGCUGAAGCUCACAAGCUUCUAAGUGACUUCCUGGCUCCAGUCACCGAUCAGGUUCCUGAACACAUCUCGGGCUGCACCAACGUCCUGUCUUCCAGAGCACACAUCAAAAGCAGCGUCACUGAACCCAUCCAGACCGUCAGUCCUGGGUUGCUGUUUACAGAGCUUCCUCCAUCAGCAGCUGGGAGGUCCGACGGGAGUCUCAGAAAAACCGACUCAAAUCUCCUUAAACGGAAACGAAGGGACGUGGAAGAAGAGGGGGAACCACAGGAAGAAAUCAGCCACCAGAAGAAAUCCAAUUGUGAACCAACCCAGGGCCUGGAUUCUUUAGGCUCCGUGUCCAGUGACCUCUGGGACCCAACGGAUCUGGAGUGUUCCCUCUGUAUGAGGUUAUUCUAUGAGCCGGUAACAACGCCAUGCGGACACACUUUCUGUCUUCAGUGCCUGGAGAGAUGCCUGGACCACAACCCCAAGUGUCCACUGUGCAAAGAAGAGUUGUCUGAGUACUUGGUCCAGAGGCAGUAUUGUAAGACAGUAUUAAUGGAGAACCUGAUAUCGAAGUAUCUUCCCUCCGAGUUCAUUGAGAGACAGAAAAUGCAUGAGGAGGAGAUGGCUGAGCUCUCCAAUCUCAAUAAAAGCGUGCCUAUAUUCGUGUGCACCAUGGCCUUCCCCACCGUGCCGUGUCCCCUCCACAUCUUCGAGCCCUGCUACCGACUGAUGAUUCGCAGGUGCAUGGAGACGGGAACCAACUGCUUCGGCAUGUGUCUGGGAGACGACCUCAAAGGAUUCGUCGGCUACGGGUGUCUGCUGGAGAUCCGCGACGUCAAGUUCUUCUCGGAUGGCCGAUCAGUGGUGGACACGAUCGGCAGACGGAGGUUUAAAAUCAUUCAGCACCGCGAGAGGGACGGAUACAACACGGCAGAUGUGGAGUAUCUGGAGGAUGUGAAGGUGGAGGGCAUAGCAGAGCGUGAGCUGCAGUCGCUACAUGAUGCAGUGUACGACCAGGCUCUGGUCUGGGUCGACUCUCUGAAAGCUGAGCAGAAGCAACGCAUCGAAGGACACUUUGGACCAAUGCCUAGGAAAGACUCCGAACUCCAGGCCAGCCCCAACGGCCCCUCCUGGUGCUGGUGGCUACUGGCUGUUCUCCCUUUAGAGGGCCGGGCCCAGCUGCCGUUCCUCGCCCUCACCUCCCUGAAAGAUCGCCUCAGCGGCAUCCGCAAGGUCCUGCUCUUCAUGUCGCAGAGCAGGCCCCGGUGACCCGACAAACGCCGUCGACAAGCUACGCACAAGCGCACAACGCCCUCGCCCGAGAGCAGCUGACGACCAGUUCUUCCGUUUCUUUGCACAAAUAACAGCCACCAUUACACUUCGACAGCAAACUUCAUAAAACAAGGAGUUUCUCGAUCGAAUAUCUUCCUCGUGCUACUUUCACUCGGCAGGAAAACAACAAACAGCAGAGGACUCGCGGAGCUAUGUUCGGUGAAUGAACUGAAGUGUAUCUCAACCAUGUUUUGCCACAAAGUUGCAGCUCAGCGUAACAGUGCUCACUCUGAUUUUCUCUCUGAAUCCUGUGAAAAGCCUCUGUGUCAUUCUCAUCUGCCUACGUUCCACUGAGUUUCUUCCUGUUCCUGCAGCAGUCUGUAGUUUAUUUGGAGCUCAGCAGGUAACGUCCCCCAAAAUGGUCAAUCUGCUUUAAAGUGACACCAAAAGCAAUUCCUGUUCAGAUACGUUUGAGUUUGAAUUAAAGCAGUCGUUAAUCUGUUCAAAUGGAUUUAAAACUAAAGAAAAACAACUCAACGUGUUUUUUUUUUUUGUGUAAAUGCAUUCAAUAACUAUUUUUGAUAUCUCAAAUAGCAAUGCUAUAAUAACAAAAUAAACUUACCUUUUAAAGCUACUUACUGUAGAACCCCAUGAAAUAGGUGAAAACUGGUUUGGGUUAUGACGGAAUUAUGAGUUUCAAAAUCACAAUUUUGAUUUCGGAGGUUUGGAAAUGAUAAGAAUGCGCUUCAUGACUUUGAUUUUCAUAAGUACAGGGACUUUGAAACUCACAUUUAUGACUUUUCAUGUCAUAAUUAUGCCUUAGUAUUGUUUCUUUUCUUCCAAGUAGCAGAAACGGGCUUCCUUCAGCUUCUGAACUUCCAUCCUUCAUCCAGUUGUCUCUUUUUUCAUCCGUUUAAAUAACAUCAGACUGAACUGUCAUAUAUGGUCUGCUUUAAACCUCCCAAUCUUUUGUUGGACUGUGUUUUUUUGUUGUUUUUUUUUAGCUAUUAUUUAUUUGGUUGUUAUUUAUGCAUGAAGUGACAUUGUUUACAUUAUACAUUGAAUAAUGGGCUGCUCACUUUCCUCUGAUCCAACCUCUCGUCAAUACCGUUCAUCAGUGUGAAGCUUUAAAAAUGAGCUGCACUAGACAUUUUUUCUUUUUUUUUUUUUUACAAAACCACAUUUUAGGGAAACAUAUUUAAAACAAAAUAAGAGUUUUAUUGGACAUUUAGCAUAUAGCGAGUAAAGGCCAGUGCCUUUUGUUCUCAAACAAACAAGGAGUAGAUCAAUUUACACACCAGACUUGGGUCCAAGUCGCUUUAUCUGAGUUUUCCCCACAAGUAGGCAAAAAAAUAAUAAUUUCGCAGCAGAUUUAACAAAAUGAAACAAGAGGAAACAUACUUUUGAGAGAAAAAUAUGUCUCUGAUAACAAAUCUUGAGGCCUUGCUCUUGUCUGUGAUAUGAUUGCUUUUACGUGCAAAAGCGAAUCUUUGAAAAAUGUACGAGAUUGUUAACCUCGUACAUUUUACCUUUAAAAAAAUCUUUUAUUUUGUACACAAAGGUUUGAUUUCUUCUCCUUUCUUUUUCUUUUUUACAUGUUUCUAUGUCAACGUAGUUCUUUGUAUUUAAAAGUUUCUUUGCUUAUCGGUGUGUUUGUCUGGUGUGUCGGUGUAUGUGAAGUAACUCGUCAAUUUAUCCACUAAAGGGCCAAAGCAAUGUAAUGCUGGACGUUAAAGAAAGAAGGAUGCUGUACAUGUACUGUACUGUAAAUGAAGCAUUUAGACAUGGGGUAGUAUAAAAUUCUAACAGCGCUGAGUGAAAUCACCAUUGUAUACUGUUUUAUUUUAUUUUUUUAAAUCAACCAAAAAUGUACAUGACUUUAUUAGGCGAUUCUCUUUUAAUUUCCACACUGUGACCAUCCAUGUUUUUAAUAAACAGAAAUAUUUCCAAAUAUCUGAUUUUCUCUUCCUUGAGAGAGGAAAAAAGAAAACCUGGCAGUCUUCACUCAGCCAGCUGACCAGCAGUGCGCAACAACAGGUAGGAGAGGGGCGGUCCGACACUGCUGGAGAAAAUUCUGUAUGAUGGAAAAUUUCUCAAACCAUAACUUUUCCAAGUUAUACCUGGUAUAACUGAAUAUUGGCCAGGUGCCCAUGCCUAAUUUCAGGUUAUUGUGUGACAGUUUUAAUGGGAAACGUAUAGAAUGACAUUUUACUAAUUAUAAAUUAUCCUGAAUACAAGGUAGUUGUCCCCUAUAAUUAGUAUUUUUCAAUGUUAUUUAUAGAAACAGAAAAAGAUCAAUAUUGCUAAUAUGUGCAGUACAUGAAAGGGAAUACAUAUUUGUUAAUUGCAGAAAUGUCCAAUGUAAGAUCAUAAGUGAGAUAUAUCUGAUCUAUUGACAAGCUUGUGUCUGGAUUGAUGUGCACAGACUGACUUUAUAUUAUAAUCCUGUCUGCUUGUACCAACAUGUUCAGUGAGUGAAUAUGGUAAAGAAAUAAACACAUGUAGCAAUAAUAAAGCCUGAAUGUUUUACU